AUGCCUGCCGACAUCAUCGGGAUAGCAAAGGUGCUGAUGGCCAUUUACUCGGUAUCCUUUGUCGGUACAAUCCUGUAUAGACUCUACCUCCAUCCACUGAGCAAUUUCUCCGGCCCAAAAUCAUGGAUUGCCUUUCCGCUUUUGCGACAGAUUGCCCACAUUCGCGGUCUUCUCGAUGCACGCAUGUGCGACUUUCAUCGUAUCUACGGUCCGGUAGUGCGCUUCGGACCAGGCGAAGUCUCCUUCAUCACAGAAGACGCCUGGCGCGACAUUUACGACCACAAGCCCAAUCAGCUGCAGCGAUUCAUUCUUCCAACCGCUCGACGACCAGAUAUUUUUGACGCCGAAGAGGCGGAUCAUGAUCGCUAUCGCAAGGCCAUGUCGCAUGCUUUCUCGCCUAGAGGACUUUUGCAACAGGAGCCGGUCGUCAAUGGCUAUAUUGACAUGCUGAUGGGUCGCCUUCAUGAACAAGCGGCGCGUGGAGCCAGCGUCGACAUGACCAUGUGGUACACGUUGACGCUGUUUGACGUUAUCGGCGAUCUUGCCUUUGGCCAGUCCUUUGGCGGUCUGCGCGACCAGGUUCUGCACAGCACCAUCUCCUUUACCUUUGAGGCUUUCAAGCUGCUCACCUUUCUCGAGGCCGGUGCGAGCUUCCCCAUUCUGUUCAAGCUCCUUCAGCUGUGCAUACCCAAGCGGCUUAUUGAGGCACGCGACCGCAAGGAGAAGCAUGCUGAGGAGACGGUGCGUCGCAGAAUGGCCGACGAGUCGCUCCACGGCCGCGGCGACUUUAUGGAUUCCAUGAUGCGCCAUGACGGCACACCACAGGGUCUUAAUACGAGGGAACUCAUUGCCAAUGCGAGCACACUCAUCACUGCCGGAAGCGAGACGACAUCCACGAUACUCAGCGGUGUCACCUUUUACCUUUUGUGCAAUAUCGACGCAAUGAAAAAGGUCGUCAACGAGGUACGGUCCGCUUAUUCCUCCGAGAGCGAGAUUGCCAUGAGCACUACCGCUCAGCGCUUGCCUUAUAUGUCGGCCUGUUUCCUGGAAGCAUUCCGACUGUACCCCCCUGUCCCGAGUGGAUUACAGCGUAUGGUGCCCUCUGAAGGCAGAACCCGAGUUUCUAGCUAUGACAUCCCUCCUAAUACCAAAGUGUCCGUCCAUCCUCUGGCAGCCUACAAUGACGCGAGAAACUGGCAUAAGCCAGAGCUGUUUCUGCCCGAGAGAUGGCUUCCAGAGGCAAAGUCUGACCCAUCGUCGCUCUUUUAUAACGACUGCCGCAACGUCUGUCAGCCGUUUUCCGUCGGCCCCCGAUCGUGUCCCGGCCGCAACAUGGCGGAGCAGGAAUACCGACUGAUCCUGGCCCGCAUUCUCUGGAACUUUGAUCUCGAACUGUGCCCAGAAAGUAAGAACUGGACAGAGCAGAGGACACAUUACCUCUGGGAGAAGAAGCCAUUGAUGUGUAGAUUGAAUCCUCGACCCGCGGUUGCAUAA